AAGCAUUUGAACCCUUGACGAACAAACCAAUGAACGUAUCAAGAAAGGGAAAACAAUUAAAAUUUUUUUUGUUCACAAAACUGAAAUCCGAAAAUUUGUUCCAAAAAAACAAAGAUGUAAAAACCGUUUCCUUUAUCGAGCUUUUGACUAUAUCCCUUUAGGCUUCUUGACCAAGUAACAAGUCUAUUACGCGAUAGACCCGAAAUUACGACCACGGCAAUCACGCAAUAUACGGUACAAUUUCUCAAGAACACAAAUCAACGAAAUAUAAACUUGCCCUCUACCGCAAUCUUUCUUUGUGAGUUUUGCUUUCCUUGUUUGUUCGUCGCUUUCCUAAAAUAUUUGGAAGCAAAGUUGAAUCAGAAGGGAAAACCGUAGGAAUUGCUGAUUCUUUCGGUUCAUAAAACGGAACAAACUAGAAAUUCUCUUAACUGUGCAUUUUGGAUUAGAGUCUUAUGAUUUAUUCUAUCAUUUUCAUAGGAAUUAUUUAAAUUCGUUGAAUUCUUUUGGUUAUAAAUUUGUAAAGUUCUAAUUUUUUUUCUUUAUUUCGAUAUAAUUUUGCUACUGUCAUCGCCAUUCAAGCAAACAGUUCUAUUCUAGUUCACGAUUUUUGACCAAGUUGUAUUGUUAAACGGUAUCUGUUCGCUAUGAGCUUAAAAGCCUCCAUCGCAAACACGCAGGAAGCAGUGACUCGAGUCGCUUUCCGAUGUGCUGACUCCCUCUAUGUUGUUCAUCCAGCGAAUGACAACCUCGAUACAACCUUCCAAGAGGCUGUACAAGAUUUACGGAAACUUGAGGCCCUUAAUAUUUCCGGUAAAACCACUUCUAUUGUUUCCUUGAAAUCUCAUGCAGAUCCUUUUGCACAUAUUACUGAUUUCUUCUUUGCUGAGCAAGAAUCCUUAGUCCCUACUCCUAAACAUAUUAUUUCAGUCGUAGCUUCUGCUGAUUCUCUCUUCUUUGCUACCCCCCAUCUGUACAAACUCUCUCAUCAGCCUGUUGUAGCCCACAUCGCUCUGGAUCCUACCGAAGCUUUUGAUUUUGCCUCCGUACGUGACACAGGAUUUGUUAUUUUGCUUUCCGGAAACUGCCCCAACGGUACCGAACAAGAUGCCCUAAACGACGUCCUUCAAACUGCUACUCUUGCACACAAUCUCGCUGUCAGACAGAAUACCGGUGUUUUGCACUUUUACAACCCCGUUUAUAAGUCAUCUGUUGCUUUGGAAGACCUGAAUUCGCUUCCUUCCAAGGAAGAUUUAGAGGCUGCUCGGGUUGCCGAUCUUCCCUCUGAAUCCCAAAAAACAGAAGAAGUCGAAAAGUCUUCGUCAUAUGUCCCCCCUGUUUAUGAUCAACCAGCUCGUGAUGCCGCAUCUUAUGCUUUUCUUUCUUCACAUUCUUUCAAGCCAUUUGAAUAUUAUGGUCCCUCAGAUGCCGCCCACGUUCUUUUGGCUUUCGGUAGUGCUUCCCCUUUGCUUUCUAAAUCUGCCCUUCAACAAGGCUCUGUUGGCAUCGUCGUCAUUCGCGUUCUGCGUCCAUGGUUACCUGACGACCUAUUAUCCAUCUUACCAUCCACCGUGAAGCGCCUUGCUGUAUUAGAACCCCUCAGCAACCUUCCUCGUAAAUGGGACCCUUUGUACUUGGAUAUUUUGGCAUCUGUUGUCUCUGCUAAAUCCAAUGUUCAAUUAUUGGCUGUUAAGUAUGGUUUGCAAUCUUCUGAGCACGUUACAGGCAUAGUUUCUGCCGCUAUCGAAAACAUUAACAACUCGGCUAAGCCUUCUAUUGUUGCUAAUUUCACUGAGGGUGGCCAGCAGGUCUUUGUUCCCACUCCGCCCGCCAUUGAGGAUGCCUAUCACAAGUUGCUUCAGCGCGUUUUUAAGGCUCGUCUUAAUGUCGUAAAUGACCCCAAUACCUCCAAGCCUGUUGCAUCCCCGCGUCUUAUUAUUUCACCUCAGUUCGCUUUGGGUACUGUAUUGGAAUAUGAAAAACAACGACGCACCUUUUGUGAUGAAGUUGCUUCUAUUUUAAAAACUGAAUCUGCUGAUGUUUCAGCAGAAUCUUUGCAGGUUCUUUCUAAUUGGAUUGUCUCUGUCGACAAUUUGGAGUCACCUGUCGAUCCUGAGCUCGUUGUCGCAGAACUCAAAAAAGAUUCGUCCGCUGGUAUCAAGUCUUUGCUUGAUCGUUCUCACUUUUUUACCAAUUUUUCUCAUUGGAUCAUCGGUUCUGAUUCUUGGGCUUACGAUUUGGGCAACUCGGCUUUGCAUCAAGCUCUUUGCCUCGAAUCUAACGUUAAUUUACUCAUUAUCGACACCCAACCGUAUUCCACCCGUGAAGUCGCUCGUGCUUCUUCACGCAAAAAGGAUAUCGGUCUUUACGCAAUGAAUUUUGGCAAUGCUUAUGUCGCUUCUACUGCUCUUUACAGUUCUUACACUCAAGUCAUUUCUUCUUUGUUGGAAGCUGACAACUUUAAGGGUCCUUCCGUUGUUUUGGCUUAUCUUCCUUACCAUUCUCCCAAUGAUGAUGCUAUUACUGUUUUACAAGAAACCAAGAAAGCUGUUGACGUUGGUUACUGGCCCUUGUAUCGUUGGACUCCUGCUCUUGAAGAUGGUGAAAGCUCCGAUUUUCAGUUGGAUUCUGAACGCAUUCGUAACGAGCUUCGCGCUUUCCUUGAAAGGGAUAACUAUUUGACACAGUUGACUUUACGUAAACCUGCUUUAUCUCAAACUCUUACCCAAUCCUUUGGUGCUGAUGUCCGUCAUAAGCAAAAUGUCGAUUCUCGUAAUGCUCUUAACAAACUUAUUGAAGGUCUAUCGGGUCCUCCUUUGACAAUUUUGUAUGCGUCAGAUGGUGGUACUGCUGAAAAUGUCGCUAAACGCCUUCACAGUAGAGCAAGUGCUCGUGGCUCCAAAUGCAAAAUCAUGGUUAUGGAUGAUUAUCCAAUUGAAGAAUUACCAAAAGAAACGAACGUUGUUUUACUGGUUAGUACUGCUGGUCAAGGUGAUUUUCCUCAAAAUGGUUUUGAAUUCUGGGAAGCAUUUAAGAAUGCUGAUUUGGUUUUGAAUAAUCUAAAUUAUGGUGUAUUUGGUUUUGGUGAUUACGAAUAUUGGCCUCGUAAGGAGGAUAAACUUUAUUACAAUCGUCCCGGUAAACAAUUGGAUGCAAAGUUCCAAGAAUUUGGAGCCAAGCCCCUUCUUCCAUUAGGGUUGGGUAAUGACCAAGAUCCUGAUGGUUGGGAGACUGCUUACAAUGCUUGGGAACCUGAACUUUGGGCAGCAAUGGGCUUAGACAAGGUUGAUAUUGAUAUUGAUGAGCCCAAACCGAUUACUAACGAAGAUAUUAAGACGGCUUCGAACUUUUUACGUGGUACUAUCAUGGAGGGUUUGGCUGACACUACUACUGGUGCACUUUCAGAGCACGAUUGUCAAUUGACCAAGUUCCAUGGUAUUUACAUGCAGGAUGACCGUGAUAUCCGUGAAGAACGCAAGAAACAAGGCCUUGAACCUGCUUACGGGUUUAUGAUUCGCGCUCGUUUACCAGCUGGUGUUUGCACUCCCGAGCAAUGGUUAGCCAUGGAUGAUAUUUCCGCGAAAUGGGGUAAUAAGACUUUGAAAAUGACUACUCGUCAAACCUUCCAAUGGCACGGCGUUCUGAAAGGAAACCUGAGAAAUGCUAUUCGCUCAAUUUCUAAAGUAUUUUUAACUACUUUAGGUGCCUGUGGUGAUGUUGCUCGUAACGUUACUUGUUCAUCCGUUCCCGGAAAUGAGGAAAUUCAUGCUCAACUUUUUGAAGCUUCUAAGGAACUUAGCAAUUCUUUGCUCCCUACAACCUCAUCUUAUCAUGAAAUUUGGAUUGAAGAUCCGGAGACGGUUCAAAAGAAGAAGAUCGCUGGUGAAGUCGCUCAAGAUGUCGAGCCUUUAUAUGGACCUACUUAUCUUCCAAGAAAAUUUAAGGUUGGUAUUGUUGCUCCUCCACAUAACGAUGUCGACAUAUAUACAAAUGAUGUCGGUCUGGUCGCUAUUACGGAAGGUACUAAAGUAGUUGGAUACAAUUUAGCUGUUGGUGGUGGUAUGGGAACGACUCACAACAACAAGAAAACAUAUCCCCGUCUCGGUUCGGUUAUUGGUUACAUUCCUAAUGAUAAAGUUGUUGAUGCUGUUAAAGCCGUACUCAUAGUUCAACGUGAUAAUGGUGAUCGUGAAAACCGUAAACACGCCCGUCUCAAGUAUACUGUGGAUACUCUGAGCGUUGAGACGUUUAAACAGAAAACUGAAGAAGUAGGUGGCUUUACCUUUGAGCCUGCUCGUGAACAUGCUCCAUUUGUCAAAAAUACUGAUGAUUUUGAUGGUUGGCACCAAACCGAAAAGGGCCACUACUGGCGUACCAUUUUCAUUGAGAAUGGUCGUGUUGAAGACAGUGGAGAUCUUCUUUUUAAGACAGGUUUGCGUGAGCUCGCUGAGAAGCUUUACAAGAAUAACUCCAAGGCCGAAUUCCGCUUAACAGCUAACCAACACCUUAUGUUGUCUAAUGUUUCUUCUGAAGAGUUAGGAUGGGUUUCUGAGCUUUUGGCUAAUUAUAAGCUUGACAAUACUGCCUUUACUGGCUUACGUCUUUCUUCAGCGGCAUGUGUUGCUUUCCCCACUUGUGGACUUGCAUUGGCUGAAAGUGAACGAUACCUUCCCAAACUUAUUACCAAGGUUGAAGACAUCAUAAAUGAAGCUGGACUUCAGAAAGAUAGCAUUGUUAUGCGUAUGACUGGUUGUGGUAAUGGUUGCUCUCGUCCUUGGGUAGCUGAGAUUGCCUGUGUGGGUAAAGCACCAAACACCUACAAUUUAAUGUUAGGUGGUGGUCACUUUGGCCAAAGACUUAAUAAGCUUUAUCGCGCUUCAGUUCAAGAGCGUGAAAUUUUGGAUCUUUUACGUCCUCUUAUCAAGCGUUAUGCUUUAGAACGCGAGGAUGGGGAACCUUUUGGUGAUUGGGUUAUCCGCGCCGGAGUUGUUACUGAAGUUAAAGAUGGCGGUGCAAACGGCGCUGUUCAUGAAGGUGUUUCUCCCGAAGCGUUUUAAUAUGUCAUUUCAUGACGGGUUUUCAUGCGUUAGUAACAUAAAAAAGGAUCUAAUAUGUGAGUUUAAUACUUGGUAAAAAUUAAAAUAACAAUUAAAUUACUUGUUUUGUGUAUCAAAUGCAUUCGUUAUCACUGAAUACAUUUAUAUAAAAAGCUAUUUGGUCGGAUUCUUCAUACCGCUGAAUAUGAACAUUAAUACUUUUAAAUUCAUAACACUUUUGAAACCU